CUGCUCGUGAUGCAGAGACAUGGAGCUUUCUGUUUCACUUCAUGGGCCACAAGAACUGGAGUUCUGUGUUUUACCUUCUUCCAGUUAGGAGACUCUGAGACGGCCUGUGAGUUUGGCGAGAGGUGCAUUGGGCAGAGCGAUGAAAACUUCAGCAGCUGGUAUGUGUGGUUCCUGAUGUUGUUUUUCCUGGCCUUGCUGCUGUCCUGUGGGAUCUGCUGCUGCCUGCAGUGCUGUCUGAGACAGCGGAGCUGCCUCCCCCCUCAGCACACCCUGGCUGUCCUCGCCCUCAGCAGCUCGGAUGCCUUUUGUGCAAGUGAAGCACCUCAGUGCCCAUUCUCCAUAUCUCCCGGCCCUUGCAUGACUGCAGAGAUGUCCUCUCCUCCUGUCGCACAGUUCAGCCUUGGGGGGACUGAGUUACCUCCAUCCUAUGAGGAUAUUAUGAAGGAAAACAAGCUCUAGGUGCCAUAUGUUGGCUCCCUGUGAUUCUUCUUGGUUCACUGGAGAUCUUCCAUCAUGCUACAGUAAUGUGAGAUCAAAUCAUCAGCCCUUUCUACAAGCUGGGCAAGAGAAUCAUAGAAUCAUGGAAUUGGCUGGGUUGGAAGGGACCUCAGAGAUC